GCUAGCAGAAGAUGGCGGUGCGGAAGAAGGACGGCGGCCCGAAUGUGAAAUUUUAUGAGGCAUCCGACACUGUCUCACAGUUCGACAACGUGCGGCUUUGGCUGGGCAAGAAUUAUAAAAAGUAUAUCCAAGCAGAGCCUCCUACUAACAAGUCACUGUCCAGCCUGGUGGUACAGCUGCUUCAGUUCCAAGAAGAGGUAUUUGGGAAACAUGUCAGCAAUGCUCCUCUCACGAAACUUCCGAUGAAAUGCUUCUUGGACUUUAAAGUGAGUGGAGCUCUCUGUCACAUCCUUGCUGCUGCAUAUAAAUUUAAAAGUGACCAGGGAUGGCGAAGGUUUGAUUUUCAGAAUCCUUCACGUAUGGAUCGGAAUGUGGAAAUGUUCAUGACCAUUGAGAAGUCUCUGGUACAGAACAACUGCCUGUCCCGACCUAACAUAUACCUUCACCCAGAUAUAGACUCAAAACUACAGAGUAAGCUGAAAGAUAUCGUGAAACGACAUCAGGGCACUGUAACAGAAGACAAGAGUCAUGCAUCUCACAUCGUUGUUCCCGUUCCUAGCAAUUUAGAAGAUGAGGAGUGGGUGCGACCCAUUCUUAAGAGGGACAAACAGGUUCUUCUGCACUGGGGUUAUUAUCCUGACAGUUAUGACACGUGGGUUCCUGCAAGUGAGGUUGAAGCCUCAGUGGAAGAUGCUCCCACAGUGGAAAAACCACGCAAGGUCCAUGCCAAAUGGAUUCUGGAUACUGACUCAUUCAAUGAGUGGAUGAAUGAAGAGGACUAUGAGGUGACUGAUGAGAAGAAUCCUGUCGUACGGCGUAAGAAAAUCUCUGCCAAGACCUUCACUGAUGAGGUAAGUAGCCCUGACUCAGACCGCAGAGACAAAAAGGGACCUAACUACAAGAAGAGGAAACGCUCCCCUUCCCCUCCUCCCAGCGCUGAAGCAAAGAAAAAGGCUGUCAAAAAGGGCCCUUCGACCCCAUAUACCAAAUCAAAGAGGGGUCACCGAGAGGAGGAGCAAGAAGAUCUGACCAAAGAUAUGGAUGAACCCUCCCCAGUUCCUAAUGUGGAAGAAGUUACUCUCCCUAAAGCAGUGAACACCAAGAAGGACUCUGAAUCUGCACCAGUAAAAGGAGGGACUGUGACAGACCUGGAUGAACAGGAGGACGAAAGCAUGGAAGCAGUGACCAAGGAGGAAGAUGAGAACUCAUCUGGGAAUAAAGGCGAGCAAAUAAAAACCUCCGAUCUUCAUGAGGACAAUGUGACUGAACAAACACACCAUAUCAUCAUCCCUAGCUAUGCUGCUUGGUUUGACUAUAACAGCGUGCAUGCUAUUGAACGUCGGGCUUUACCAGAGUUCUUCAAUGGCAAGAACAAGUCCAAAACACCAGAGAUAUACCUGGCCUAUAGAAACUUCAUGAUUGACACCUACAGACUAAACCCUCAGGAAUACCUUACUUCUACAGCAUGUCGUCGCAACUUGGCAGGGGAUGUCUGUGCUAUCAUGAGGGUUCAUGCCUUCCUAGAACAGUGGGGGCUCAUUAACUACCAAGUGGAUGCUGAAAGUCGUCCUACCCCAAUGGGCCCUCCCCCAACAUCACAUUUCCAUGUCUUAGCGGAUACUCCAUCAGGACUGGUUCCACUGCAGCCUAAAACUCCACAGAGCUCUGCUUCACAACAGAUGCUCACUUUCCCUGAUAAAAGUAAGGAUAAACCAAGUGACCUUCAAAACUUCGGCUUACGGACAGAUAUGUAUAGUAAGAAGAACACAACAUCCAAGAGCAAGGCUGCUGCCAGUGCAACGCGUGAAUGGAACGAGCAGGAGACCCUGUUGCUCCUUGAGGCACUGGAAAUGUAUAAAGAUGAUUGGAACAAGGUAUCUGAGCAUGUGGGGAGCCGGACGCAGGACGAGUGUAUCUUGCAUUUCUUACGACUUCCUAUUGAGGAUCCAUAUCUAGAGGACUCUGAUGCCUCUCUGGGACCAUUGGCCUUUCAGCCCAUACCCUUUAGCCAAUCAGGGAAUCCUGUGAUGAGCACAGUAGCCUUCCUUGCAUCUGUAGUAGAUCCGCGGGUAGCAUCAGCUGCUGCAAAAUCAGCUUUGGAUGAAUUUUCCAAGAUGAAGGAGGAGGUUCCUACAGCACUGGUGGAAGCUCAUGUCAGGAAGGUUGAGGAUGCAGCCAAAAUCACUGGAAAAGCUGAUCCCAAUUAUGGCCUUGAGAGCAGUGGUAUUGCUGGAACAGCUUGUGAAGAAAACGAGAGGAUAGAUUGUCCUAAAAUGAACACCCCUGAAAUCCAUGGUAGGAAACAUUCCUCUCCUACACACAAGACUUCUUUACAAAGUGAAUCUGACAGGAGACAUUCUAUUUCAACAACCCUACAUCAUAACAAUGAAGACAGCAGUUCAGAAGAGCCCCAGACAGAUGCGCAGCCUACAGAUGAGAAGAAAGAGCCAAAGGAUUCACCCGGUGAAACACUCCCCGAAGAUGAGGGUAAGGAGAAAAUCAGUGAAGUAGCAAAGAAAGAGGAAGAAAAAAGCAAAGAUGGAGACACUGACAAAGAAUCUGAGAAAAGUGAUAUUGACAUGGCUGAUGGGGAGAAGGUCACUGACAGCAAGGAAGGAGUUGAGGAGACAGAAAAGGAAGAGGGUGAUUUAAAGAACAAGGUGGAGAGAGAUAUUGGAGAAGGCAACCUUUCUACAGCUGCUGCGGCGGCUCUAGCUGCUGCUGCUGUAAAGGCCAAGCAUUUGGCAGCAGUGGAAGAAAGGAAGAUAAAAUCACUUGUUGCACUUCUGGUGGAAACUCAGAUGAAGAAGCUAGAAAUCAAACUGAGACAUUUUGAAGAGUUGGAGACCAUCAUGGACAGAGAAAGGGAGGCGCUGGAAUAUCAGAGACAGCAGCUUCUAGCUGAUAGGCAGAACUUUCACAUGGAGCAACUGAAAUAUGCUGAGAUACGAGCCCGUCAACAGCACUUCCAGCAGAUCCAAAGCCAACAUCAGCAGCAGCAGCAGACCACUUCCAGUAGCCAACCUGUGCCACCCACUGGCCAUACCAUUCCAGUGCCACAGUCAUCACUGAUUCAAGCCCCGGUGAGCUCAGCCAGCAGUGCUGAAAGUCUGGUUCAGCCUUCAGCACCAUCCACACAGCCACCGGCCAGUAGUCAGCAGCAGCAACUUGGAACACAGCCCAGCCCAUCACAACCUUCUGGCACAUAUACAAGCCAAUCACAAUCUACCCCACUGGUUUCAUCAGCAGUACUGGUUCCUGCCCAGCCACCGGUGCCCGACCCUGCAACACCGCUGCCUCCAGACUCCAUUGUAAACACAGUGGCCCAGCCCCAGCCGUAGCCUCUCUGUCUGGAGUUUUGGAAAAGGAGCAGAAGGGAGAUGGAGUUCUUCCAUUCAUCUACUUGUGUUCAGUCCCAAUGUUUGUCACCAUCACCUUCCAAACUGCUUGAGUCACACAAACCCCAGCCCCCCCAAAGAGCAAGUGUUCCUCAUUUGCCUCAUCUCCGUCGUUCCUUUGGUUAUUGCUCACUGAUCUACACCAUGAAGUCUCAGGUGUAAAUGUAGAAAAUUCUGAAUUGUUAAUGAAAAAAAGCAGCAUUUUUUGUAUGAAGGUUACAAUAACAAAAAAAACAACAUUUUCUCAAGUGGUUCAGAAGUUCACUGGGUGGGACGUUUACCUGCAACAGACCAGUCCAACGUCUCCACAUGUUGGACAGAUUUAUUGAUUAUCUGACUACAGAUUAUUUGAAAUUGAUGCCAUACAAAGCAGAAUGUAGAGUUGGUUGGGGCAUUAGAGGUUGGCAUCUGGGUAGUGGAGCUCUGUUUGGGCAGCGCUUAUCUACAGUAACUUGCCUGGUCAGUGGAGCAUGGGAUGAGAAUGGAUGGAGUCACUGAAGGAACAGGACUGACAUUUGUUGUGUGACUGUCCUUAAGAAGCAUCGACAUUAUUAUAGAGUAACCUGCAAAAGUAUUGUCACCAUAUUGGAAGAACCACAACCCCGAGUACAGCGCUUGUUUGCUUCAUGUCUCCCAUUGACCAGUAUCAGACUGCCCUCGGCAUUCAAAAAAAUAUUUGUAUUUUGUUUUGUUUCUUUUUUAUGGUUUUAACCUAUAUAAUGCUUUUAAAUGGAUCAGUUAUAAACAGACUAUGUUCAUGACUGCUAAGAUGGCAACAUUUAGCUAGUAACGGUCGGAAAGCCUGUUUUUUACUGGUGUCAUUUUAUAUCUGUCAGAGGCUCUCUCAUCAAAUCUCUUUCUCAGUGUUUUUGUUUUAUUUCAUGAAGGAGUUGUGAUGGAUUGUGUAAGGAGAAAGGCACUGAUAUAGCUGAGUGAGCAGUUUGUGUCUGUGAGAUACGUUAUCCCUGGUGAGUAAGGACCCGGGGAAGUGAUAUGUCUCGCACCACUGUGCACUAUUAGUAACAUAUUUUAGCUUUUAACUAUAUCAACUGUUUUUGUUUUUUUAUAGUUUUGAAUUAUAUUUGAAAUAUGUUGGCCAGGAAAAGGAGAGCAGAGUGCACUUUAUAGAGACACGGGUGGCUGCUAAUAUCCAUUGGUAACUCCCUUUAACAUUCAUGAUUUUAUCUGUUAGAGGAGUGAGCACUACCUGCCCCCUGUAAAUGUAUUGGCUGGAAGGUUUUGGAAUGGUGAGAUCCGUGCCCUUCUGAGGGGAGUAUAUUCAGAAACUAGGACUGGCGUUCCGCCAUCUUGAUGUGUUGACUCUGUUCAUGUGACCUGUACCUUAUCCUGUGUCUGUGCAUCUUAACCCCUUCCCCCAGGGCACGGGGCAUUAAAAUCUUCAAAAUGUACAUUGCCUUU